ACGGAGCGAGCGAAGCUGUCAAAGUCCUUGCUGAUUCUUGCGAUCGUUCCAUGUUUUCUGCGAGUUGCAUCAUAAGAACAGCGUAGAAUCCGGAAUUGUCCGCAGUUUUCUGUUGAAAGACGCAUCCAAUCCAACCAAACUCACCCAGAAGAAAUGGCAGACUUCGACGCUGCUAGCAAAAGCUCCGUUGACCCCGAGCUCCAGGACUUCCUGAUGGCCGAGAAACAGAAAGCUCAACUUAGCGCUCAGAUUCACGAGUUCAACGACAUCUGCUGGGAUAAAUGCAUGGACAAGCCGGGAAGUAAACUGGACAGCCGUACGGAGAUCUGCCUGAACAACUGCGUCAACCGAUUUAUCGAUACAUCGCUCUUCAUCACGACACGAUUCGCCCAAACACUGCAGAAGAGUCAGUCGGGGAUGUGAGCCGGUAUGGCGAAACGUGCGAUUUGACCGGAUGCUGGCUGAUGGAUGGAUGGCGCAGGCAGGAUUGUAUUUAAAAUUUCAACUUUAGCUUAUACAAGUGCAAAUGGAUGCAUUUCUCAUAGUGCUGGGAAAUAAAUAAUUGUUAGACAUGA